AUGACUGUGUGUGACGGUGUGGUGCCUCCAGUAGGUGGCGGCGACGCGGAAAUUCCCUCGUGCCCUUGCGUGUCCGAACGGGAGUGCUGCGCAGGGGGUGGCGGCGAGUUAAUCUCGUACCUCGGCGACAUUGGCCACUCCAUUCUCGUACCCGGUCCUCUCACCCUCAUUUCCUUCGCCCUGCUGAUACUCGUUGCCGUUACCUGGGCCUUUGGCCUCGCCUUCUACCACCGAUCUCAGGCUCCGAAUCAAUCGGCGAAGUUGAAGAUACCGCUCGUUUUCAACCCUGCCGACAAGAUCUCGUCACGUGACGCCAAUUGCAAGACGUCGCAGCGUCGUUGUGGUACAUCCGAUCGCGACAAGUCUAAGUUCCUCCGCGGUUUCCGAAAUCCAGUCCGGCACGCAACAGACGACAAACACUUGAUGCGAAACGUCAGUACUCAUAGUACACCGCAAAGUAUCGGUAACGUCACCUGGCACGAAUUAAAACGCGCGUUUUGUCUCCAGCCAGCCAACUCGCCAGGCCGAAAACGUCACAGAUCUCCGGCCGAGCUUGCGCUCGCCUUUUUUUCAAAAAUCGACAAGUCGCGAUCCCGCCAAUCAGCCAGCCGAUGCAUCGUGCACUGGUGUCAACCUCCUCUCCGUUUUACGUCGUCCCGAAAAAGCUCACCGGCAUCCUCCUGCACCGAGGCGUUUUCUCAAACAUCAACCGGCAGUGGGAAGUCCUGUCAGUCCGAGCCUCCGAUGCCGUUAUCAAGAUCCCGUUACUCCUUGGCAGGAUUAAAAACACCGCCGCGGCAGUGCUGCUGUGGAAGUCAGGAUAAAGGAUGCGCCGAGGACUGCAAUUUCUGUUGUUCCCUAAACUGCGGGACGACUGGAACGCCGGAUGGUAUUAGAGCGGGACACUCUGUUCAGCAGCGAGUAAGGGAUCAAGUGGUUUUUGCAAGCAGUCACGGACUCCGAAGGCCGAGCUUUCACGAUAAAUCCUGCGCACGUUCGUUGGAUGAUAUAGCCGUCCGGAUUACGAAAAGCACCGGAAUUUGUACGGAGUCGGAAUCGAAGCAUAGCUUGUUAUCGAGCGUAGAGAUGUCGAUACAACAGGAUGGCGAGAUUCCUUUGACGAAUCAUGACGGGAAUAACAGCGAGGAAAAUCACAAGCUCCGUGGGAAAGAAAAUGCGGUGGAUGAGGUCGGGCAUAACGAGUAUGAAGAAAAGAAAUUUCCGAAGGAAAGUUGCGCGGAGAAAAUCAUGCAGAAUUUAGGAGGUGACGCUCCUCACAGACAGGAUCUCAGCAGUACCGACAGGACUCGCAAGCACGAAGUUCACGAUGCUGCGACGGAUAUCGUAAGACAUUCUGCGCAGACAAUUUAUCACGACAAGGCGGUGGGUGACGAGAAAGGUAUUCGCAGGCAUCAUCGCCAUGCUCACGAGAGAACAAGGGACCACCGUCGAGGCCUCGUAGAAAACGCUUCUCGACACAAUUUCCAUCUUGACAAAGCAGUGGGCCACGAAGGGGAGAAUCCUGGGCUUAUUUGCCGCGAGAAAGAAACGAACGAAUUCCGGGAACAUCGUGCCGAAAGGAGAGGACUCGAAGCCACUUCCUUCCAAGAGCAUCCCGAAAAUGGAGGAAUGUCAGACGCGGAAAAAGAGAGGAUCAGCGAAAGGGACUGUGAUGGAUCCAUCGACCGAUCCAGGAGUAAAAUAAUUCCGGAAAUCAUUACGAAAAGUGAAGUUGAGGAUUGCACUUGUUCCGAAUCGGUCACUUCUGAGAUUCUGUUGGUAGGGAGCAGGGCGAAAAAUUCUUUAUCGAAGAUCAGUGAUUCUAGCAAAAUGUCUUUCGUCCUUGGCGACGAACGGCAGUAUUAUCCUUUCGGUAUUUCCGACCGCUCAGUAGCGACAAACACCUCAGAUUCGUACGUCACUCGCCGAUCGCAACGGCGACACGAACGCGCGUCCCGUAAAAAAUAGCCGAUUUUUUUAGUUGGUUAAUAUUUGUCGUCGUUUAUUUUGUCCUCUUUUAUAA